UGAGAAGGCACAUUCGCUUCUUUGCUAUCCUUCGUUUCCCUGGUUCAGUGCUUUUUUUUGGAAAUUGUUGUGUGUGAUGUGUGAUAUGUUGCAGACCUCGGUCAAAAUGUUCCAUCAGCAGGAUGAGCAAAACUCGCCGGUGGUAUUGGAUGUUAUCCCCCCGCAUUAUAAUGUGCAUCAUAGACAGCCCAGUCCUCCGCAGUCGCCCCAUGGACAUUAUAAGAAAGACCCUUUAAGUCCGGUCAGUCCAGAAACCAAACUGAACAGUUCCACUUCUUCAAAUAUCAAUGACCCCAACAUUCGAAGAUAUAGGACUGCAUUUACUCGUGAGCAACUCGCUAGGUUAGAAAAGGAGUUCUACAAAGAGAACUACGUUUCAAGACCCAGGAGAUGCGAGUUAGCGGCCCAACUUAACUUACCUGAAAGUACUAUCAAGGUGUGGUUCCAAAACCGACGUAUGAAGGAUAAGCGGCAACGUAUGGCAAUCGCUUGGCCGUACGCAGCAGUUUACACUGACCCAGCAUUUGCUGCUUCUCUCCUCCAAGCAGCUGCUUCGAGUUUACCCCUGCAUUAUCCCCCGCCCCCACCUAUGUAUGCACCUCAUCACUAUCCGAGGUACCAUACCUAUCCUAGCUUCGGAGUACCACCAUCUGGUCUCCAUAUGUCUAACCCCAUACCACAAAAUAUCAACUUGAACAGUACAAGUAUACCAAGUGUUAUACCUCAACCACAGCUGAAUUUGAACCUCAAUUUCGAUCUUCCUCACUCGUAUCAGCCUGUUCAACAAUCAAAGAUGUCUCCGAAUUCACCUGAACAUUCUGAGAUUAGUUUAAGUCCCCCUGUACAGGAUGGACUGCUAAUACCUGCAGCUAAGUCCUCACCACAUCAUCAUCAUCUUCAAACACAGGUUUCCGAUAAGCCAAAGCUGUUCAAACCUUACAAAUCAGAACUUUAAAGACUAAACAUUGUUUGGUUGGAGCGGGCUUUGACUAGAUGACUUUAGUAUUAGAGAUAAAGGACCCGGUACACGCCUAUAGGAAAAGCGUCUUAGAUGGUAUGCGCCCUGGCGUCCAUAUGAGAUGUGUCUCGUCGUUCUAAACAGAUGCCUUAAUGGGCAUAGGCCGCAAAACUAAACAGGUACCAAGAUAUAAACAGUCGAAGCCAGUAAAAUGGAGUAUCGGUUAUACUUGAAUAUCUGUGUUAAGUGUUAGUGUGGUUUUGGUUAAUUACACUAAAUUCUUUAAAUGCUCGCCUUUUUUGAAUGAAAUUUUGUAAAAUAGCUGAAAUUUGAAUGAAACUUUCGUCAAGUAAGGAAAUGUUUCUCAAACAUUGCUUGUACAAAGGUUUAGUUGACGCUAUGGACGGGAUUAUACGAGUAGAAAUGGUACUAAAAACAGGUGGCAAAUACAAUGUCUAAGCAACUUUACAUAGGUCAAAAAAUACGCUAAAAAUACAGUUAAGUUUGUAAAUAUCUGUUAGACAUCGUGUUAGCCACCUUUUUUUUAGCACCAUUUCUAUAAUGCUCGUCCCAAAAAUUAAGGUCUUGAGUGACGGAGAAAAAAAUACGGCUAUUCCUGUUGCUAAAAUUUAUCAAAGACUUUUCUAGCAUGGAGAAAGAAAACAUCACUAAAGAGCCUAAAAUUCCUCAAAAGAUGAGGAAAUGAUAGUAGUGUCAUUGGUCAGUAAAAACAAGAGCUUAAUAGAGAGCAAAAAUGUGGCACAUUUUACUGGAAAGAGAAAAUAUAUGUUUCUAUAUUUCUUUUUGUAAGACUAGGUAGAGGGAGUCAAUCAAUAAUACUUUCGUUUUAAGUUUCAGCGAUUGUUGUUUUUUGUGUUUUUGUCCAUAGCUCUGCCACGAUUGAAUCGAUUCUGAAAAACUACAAAGCUUUGAACCCUUGGUAUAGUAGUAACUUCGUGUGAAAAUCCAAACGCUACUUCUCAAGUCAUAGAUUGGCCAAGGAUUACAGGACAGGCAGGCAGACCAACGGAAAUGAGCGACAUGUUUUUUCGUGAUGUAUAUGUCAUAAAAUAUCCAAAACGCAUAACAUCUUAUUUUUGAUUUUUUUCGCGAUUACAAUACUUCCUCGUCCAUUGGCGUAGGAAGUAUAGUUCAGUGAAAUUAACCAAAACCACUCUUCCACUUAACAUAAAGUAGAUAUUUGAGUGGAAUCGAUACCCCAUUAUGCUUAGAUGACCUAUGUCAUGGGAACCGUUGCGUUUCGAGGUUUGUGCCCUCCGAGACAUUUGUUUAGGAUCCCGAGAUAUAUGACAUUUCACAAAUUCUGUCAUACUAAUCGAAACCACUCUUCUAUAUAGAAGGAAAAUGUGAGUCAAACCGACACUCCAUUAUAGUGACUGGGUCACAGAGAUACAUAAUAUCUAAAUAAUUCAGCGGAAUUAAGUAAAACGAAUUUUCCACUUAAAGCAGAUAUUUUAGUUUUAUUUAAGUUUGGGAGCCUGUGCAUAUUGAAUCAUUUGUUGAGGAUGCCAAAAGCAUGACGUAUAAAACAUUCAGCUAAAUUAACCAAAACCACUUUUCCCAUACGCAUGUUAUCGUGUGAUAAGUAAUUUAUUUGUAAAUAGUAUGUCUUCUGUAUAUUUAAA